AGGACCCGUCCCUACAGCAGCGAGCAGCAGCGCAUCCAUCCUGCCGUGGAGCCGGGAGCGUGGAGCCGCGAGGAGCGCACACACAGAGCGACAGAAGAUGGACGGAGUGGGAUCGUUCGGAGCGGGCCGGACCGGGUCCACUAUCGACCCGAUUACCUUCGCCAAGCAGCCGCAGACCAUCAUCAGAGUGCUGUCCUGGAUAUUUUCCUUGGUGGUCUUCGCCUCCAUCGUGAAUGAGGGUUAUGUCAACAUGGGCAGCGAGCGACUCCACUGCAUCUUCAAUAAGAACACAGACGCGUGCAACUACGGCGUGUUCGUGGGCCUGGUUGGCCUGCUGGCAUGCUCCUUCUUCUUCCUGCUUGACUACAAGUUCUCCUCCAUCAGCUCUGUUAAAGACAGGAAGAAGGCUGUAAUGCUUGAGAUCGGCUUCUCAGGUUUCUGGACCUUUCUAUACUUUGUAAGUUUCUGCUUCCUCGCCAAUCAGUGGUCUCGGACCAGAGCUGAAGAGCUGCCACUCAACCAAGGAGCAGAUGCCGCUCGGGCAGCAAUCGCCUUCUCUUUCUUCUCCAUAAUCACCUGGGCUGGUCUAACAGUGCGUGCGGUCCAGAAGUAUCUGCUCGGCACAGACAUGACACUGUUCACCACCGAGCACAUGGACGGUGGCGCACCCACCCAGCCAUACCCCUCCAACUCUCCGGGAGGCGGCGGCACCACCAUCGAGACCACGGAGACCUACCAGAGCCCACCAUUCACCGAAAACAACGCAGCACCCACAUACCAGGUUCCCAUUUACUAGAAAGGAUAGACCUGGUGAUGGUGGUGGAAGACGAAGAAGACGACAGGGGAGAGGGAUGCAGAUAAGAGGAAACUGCUUUCUGUGAUGUUACACGUGCAGUUGUUUAUGUUGAUCUGGGCUGAGUUUUCAGUAAGCGUUGAAUUAGCGGCCUCUGAUUCCUCAUUUCUUCCUCUUGGUACCUUUUCCUUCCUGAACAUUCCAGUUUUAUCGUCACUUUUGUACGCCUCUCUGUGGAGCAAGGCCACAGCACAGGUACGAGAGCUGAUAAAUCAAAAAGAAAAACAAGUGGAGGAAAUGCAGAGCAGGAGGCCACUUUUGCCGACUUCAAACGCAUUAUGACAAAAAUAAGUAAGAAAAAAAAGUGAUCAACAAGUCAGUGACUCCACCACAACAAAGCAGUAUUAGAUCCCUAAAAAUAGUGCAGGAGGCACUCGCAUCCAGAGAGCACCCUUGUCUUAUUCUUUUCAUUUAUUCCAAAUCCCCUUUCAUGCCAAACACUGCAGGGAAUCGUUUUUCUUUUUCGUUUUUUUUGUUGUUGUUUUUCUUUUUUAGCUAGAGUCUGGUCUUUCCUCGUAUGUUCCCUGCUGCAGUUAGAAACCAUCAUCUGCAUUAAAUCUGCAUGUUUCCAAACUUAGAGAUCAACUAAGUGCCAUACUGUACUGUGUGUUUCAGACAGUGACUUAAUUUAGUAGUUUUCCAUAUGCUGUAAAGAAAACAAAAACAAAAACAAAACAAAAAAAACACAACGGCAAUGUUUUUGUGACCAAGUGCAAUAUUUCACAUUCUUAUGUAAGUAGGUAGAUGCAGUACUGUAGGUAAACUAGUUUAGGUCAAUUUCAGGUGCUGUCUCAAAUCACAUGCAAUUCUUUGGAUUGUGCUGAUAAGUCUCGACGAUCUGACCACCCUGGUGACGUUUUGCAGGAAAUGGAAGUUGUAUCAGAUGAUCAAAGCGCUCCAGAGAGAGAGAGAAAGAGGGAAUUUCUCUUCCAUGGAAGCUGAGCUAUUAUAUAUAUAAUUAGAGAAGUUCAAAUUGUGCUAUAUCAUCCUUUCAGACAUGUUUUAGUCUCCCUUAAUGAAGUCUAUCGCACAUUUUAAAGCAAACGACACUCACGGUGCAAAAUAUAAAUGGUGCAGUGUCACCCUGACUGAGCCGGUGUGAUUUUGGGGGUCAGCCUGAUUACACUUCAAAUUCAGUGUGGAAACCUUCAUCCUUAUUGAAUCACCAUUCAAUCUGGUAUAUUUCUGUGCCUGGCAUGAAUGGAUUAUUAAAUGUACCUAAUGGGCUCCUGCGCUGGAAGUGAUUAUUAAUCCUGGAAAGUCAGUUACAUGACUAUUAAAAACACACACACACACACAAACUGAUCAGGAGUUCGGUGGGAGGGUGGGGGCUUUUACAGGCUGUGCCCAGGGGGCCUUUGUCUCACAAUCAAUCCACGGUGCCAGGGAAUGUAUUCAGUGUGUUAUUUGAGACAGCGCCCUGUGCUGACUGCUGUGUGUACAAAAAUCAGGAGAGUGGGAGAUAUUCUGGGUAAAUUAUGUAGGUCCGUUUAUGUUUACGUUUUAGAAGCUGCCAAACUGCCCUGUGUUCUUAUUGCUGUCUUCUGAUUACCACGUUACUACUACGUUACUACUAUGUUGUUAAUAGGAUCUUCUGGAGGGUGGGGGGCAAAAGAAAGAAUACAGUUGGGGGGGUGUUACAGAUCGCUCGCUGGCUAAUUCAUUGAUCCUGCAAUCCUGCCAUAUUAAGGAGAGAGCGGCGGGUUGGGGUGUAAUAAUUAGUUGCCAUGACGACAGGGUUGUGUGGAUGUUGGUCACCAGGGGCCCUGAUGUAGAUAGUACCCAUGCCAACCAUGUCGGUGUGUAGCGGUGUCUGUGCUGUGCUUCGCGUGCACGCUCUCAUCAGUGAAUCUGUGGUGUCGUGUGGUGUGUGUGCGACCGUGCGAGUGUGUCCACGUGCACCAUCAUCGUGCACGAGGGACAUGUAAGUCUGCACACUUGUGUCCAAAGCCGUGAGUGUGUGCAGUCAGUUGGGUUCUGUGCUGCAUCGAAGUUUGUUUUUUCUUUAACGUGCAUUUAUCAGAGAGUGGGAAUCACGAGCGUGCUACGAUAUUUAAUCAUUUUGCCUCAGUAAAAACACAAUUUAACCUCAGUGUCACUGAUAAGGUAUACAUAAUGCAAAGCAAAUUAACUGGGCCAAAUCUAAAAGAAUUCUAGUUAAAGUGACACACAUGACCAGUCGAAAGCCUUGCUUGCUGUUCUAAUAGAUCCAGUGUAAAUGGUUAUCUCUGCUGCGGCAGGACAACUGAAGCAAUCGUCAUAAUAAGGAAAGAAAAUUGUUUGUUAUAUAUCGAAUGCUGUGUCACUCCGACUCUGAUAGAAUGUUUUAGAAAGACUGGCAGCAUCGGUGAAGCUGACAGGAUCAUUUUAUAUGUUUGUAACCGCAAAUGUAUCCAUACUUUAAAUUAACUUUCUGAUUCCUCAGUUGUAGUUUUGCACAAGUGUGUACACACAUUAAAAACAAAACAAAACUUAAAGUAUUAUUAAAAAUCCAGAUCCGGCCAUUGAUUACAGGGACUGGAGCUACAGGAAGCCAACAGACUGAAAAUGUUAACUACUGUAGAUAUGUAGUUAUAGAAAAAAAACUCUUAUUCUGCAAUAAUAGAAUUUCUGUGUGUCCUCAGUUCCAGCACUCAAAUGAAUAACACUGAUCU